AUGUGGAUUGUUAAACCGCUUGUCAUAUCUCUGGGUGUGGCCGGAGCAUACGCUGCUACCGCCACCGAAUCUGCGCAGACUUCAUCCGUUACCGGGUGCCACAAUCACGGCUCAGACAUAUAUUGUAUCAAGGGAGAUGGCUCAGAAGUCUUGGUAUCAGCGACUUCUACCCCGACGACUGGGAUUCCAGCACAAUAUACUGGCUGUCAUUCCCAUGGCACUAGUUCAUACUGCAUGGAUGCAGAUGGAAAUGAUGUUCUCAUAGAAGAGGAGGCCACCACCGAAAGUGCCGAUGAAAGCAGUGAUCACGACCAUGAAGAAGAAUCUAGCACCGGUGGACUAAAUUGCCACUUCCACGCUGGUGUUGAACACUGUGUCGGGGCAGGCGAGUCUGAAAGCAGCCAUGCAUCAUGCACCGUCCGAACAAGAGACUAUGACAUUCCCCUGCGCAUCGGAACACUGUUCGUCAUUCUUGUUACGAGCGCGAUCGGUGUAUUUGCGCCCAUCCUGCUGAUGAAGCUUCCAUUUGCCUCCAUCAACGGCGUCGUCUCGACGGUGAUCAAGCAAUUCGGAACAGGAAUUAUUCUUUCCACGGCCUUUGUUCAUUUAUACACACACGCAAAUUUGAUGUUCACCAACGACUGCCUAGGCGAGCUGGACUACGAGGCUACAACAUCUGCGGUCGUGAUGGGCGGUAUCUUCCUCGCAUUCCUCCUCGAGUACAUUGGCCACAGGAUCAUCGUUGCCCGUGGUAGCAAAACCGCCGUUGAACACACCGACCCUGAGCCUCAACCCGUACAUUCGAAGGGCCAAUACAACGAAAACCCCGAGCAGCCCCAACAGUCUACUCUGGCUUGUCUCGGACACAGCCACGGAAACGACGACCCUACCAAGCCCGCCACCAAAUUCUCCGUGAUGGUCAUGGAAGCGGGUGUGCUAUUCCACAGUAUCCUGAUUGGACUUACUCUUGUCGUUGCCGGAGACUCCUUCUACAAGACACUCCUGGUAGUCAUUGUGUUCCAUCAAUUCUUCGAAGGAUUGGCGCUCGGUGCUCGUAUUGCAACUCUUCCCGGCGCCAUUUUCCCUUCCAAGGCUGUGAUGGCGGCGGCAUUUGCCUUAAUCACACCUAUCGGUAUGGCGAUUGGACUUGGUGUACUAAACACUUUCAACGGAAACAACAGGAGCACCUUGCUUGCGUUGGGUACACUCGAUGCACUUUCUGCUGGUAUUCUGGUGUGGGUUGGUGUCGUUGAUAUGUGGGCUCGAGACUGGGUGAUCGAAGGUGGUGAGAUGCUGAAUGCAACGAUCGGAAAGGUCGCGACUGGUGGUCUUUCUUUGAUCACUGGAAUGAUUCUGAUGGGAGUUUUGGGCAAAUGGGCCUGA